UCCGGGCGGAAACAGCUCCUGAAAAGCUGAAGAGGUCGCAGUAAACACACCUGCGCGCGCGCACACACACACCGCACUCAUGCACCGAAUAUAUUUAUAAAGUUAUUUAGAAGUGUAAGAAAGAAGAAAGAAGAAGUUUUCCCCGUCAUGCUACUUUGCCGUGUUUCCGCUUUAGCGAGGCGGGGACUGGGCGCGCGGAGAGUCGCCGCGUUCCGGCCCGCUCUCUCCUUCAGUUCCGCCGGGGACGCAGCGGCCGCUCCCGGGGCCGGAGCUCAGCCUCCGGGGGAGUACCAGGACACCGUGCUGCUGCCGCGCACACACUUCUCCAUGAAGAUGAGCGGACAGAAGUUGCUGGACCUUGAGCUGCGGAUACAGCGGGAGUGUGGUUUUGACCAGCUGUACACGUGGCAGAGAGAGAGGAAAGCCAAGAAGGAGUUUUGCCUACAUGACGGUCCGCCUUACGCCAAUGGAGACGCCCACGUGGGCCACGCCCUCAACAAGAUCCUGAAAGAUAUCCACAGUCGGUUCGAGGUUCUGCGAGGCAGGAAGGUGCACUAUGUCCCCGGCUGGGACUGUCAUGGUCUGCUAAAUUAGAUGAUUGAAUGAAUUAGUAGUGGUAUAGUGCUCAGUGAUUGUAUAAUAAAGGUCAGAGUCGGCUG